CCUGCGGCGGUGGAAAGAUGGCGGAGUUGGACGUCGGGCAGCACUGCCAGGUGCAGCACUGCCGGCAGCGAGAUUUCCUUCCAUUUGUAUGUGAUGGUUGUUCAGGAAUAUUUUGCCUUGAACACAGAAGCAGGGACUCUCAUGGUUGUCCUGAGGUGAAUGUAAUCAAGGAGACACCGAAGAAGACAGAUGAUCACAAAUCUUACUCGUGUUCAUUCAAGGACUGUCCCGAAGUGGAGCUCGUGGCAGUGAUAUGUCCUUAUUGUGAGAAGAACUUUUGCCUGAGACACCGUCAUCAGUCAGAUCAUGGGUGUGAGAAACUGGAGCUCCCAAAGCCUCGGAUGGCUGCCACACAGAAGCUUGUCAGAGACAUUAUUGACUCCAAGACAGGAGGGGCAGCAAGUAAAAGCCGGAAGGGUGCAAAAACCAGCGGAACGGCCGCAAAGGUGUCGCUGAUGAAGCUAAAGAUGCAUGCCCAGGGGGAUAAGUCACUGCCGCAGACAGAAAGAAUUUACUUUCAGGUUUACUUACCGAAGGGGAACAAAGAGAAAAGCAAAGCUAUGUUCUUCUGCCUCCGAUGGAGCAUUGGAAAGGUCGUGGACGUCGCAGCUUCUCUAGCCAGCCUUAGAAAUGAGAACAACAAGCUGACGGCGAAGAAGCUGAGGCUGUGUCACAUCCCUUCAGGAGAAGCCCUGCCCCUGGAUCACACUUUGGAAGCGUGGAUCACUAAGGAGGACAACCCUUUAUAUAACGGAGGAAAUGUUAUCCUGGAGUACCUUAACGAUGACGAGCAGUUUGUAAAAGACAUUGAGUCUUAUUUGGAAUAAUCAAUCAAGGAUUAGAGGCAGAAUUUUUGCAAGCAGAAAUCUGUCUGUAUAGUCGGUUUCUUUUACCACAGGUGUCUUUUAAAACUCUAAAAGUUGCUUUUUUUAAUAUAUAAUUUAUUUCCAUUAGGUAGCAAUUUACAUCAGUAGUUUUCUACUGAGUUCCGGGUUUUGUGUUUUAAAGUUUAACUGUGUAUCGAUGGUCAUGGCAAUGUGUUGUUUUUUACUGCUGUUUGUGGGUUAUGCUGUUGCGGGUUAUGCUGUACGUCCUUCACCCCAACCAAGGUCCGGCUCUAACAACACCCUUCUUUUUGUGAUUUUUCCAUUCUUGUGGCAGAGGAAGCCGCAGAUGGCAGGUGCUCCCGUGCUUUUGCUGUAAGAAAGCCCUGCGGUUAAAUCUAACUGAUUGCAGGGCCAGGAACCAGCCUGCUGUGUACCUAACUGAUGACACAGGGGCUGAUAUGUGCACAGGAAUGGCAGAAUCUGAGGCUUCCUCUCAUUCAGUCUUCCAGGCGUUUGGAUAAGAAACCUCGACCCUAAGAAGGGAAAGUUAUCGUGUAAUUACACGGAAUACAUUUCUGGUAAAGAAUUUUCUCCUGUAGGAGUCACCUUCUUGUUGGUAGGAAUAUAUUACACAUGAGAAGAGCCGUGAGUGGACUGACUUUGCUACAGUCUCUUUCAUUGUACCGAAGCAAAACAUACACCAAAAAUUAUUGCAUUUUACCUGCAAAUUGUAGUGACUCCUAUGGGGAAUGCUUUUUGUCUACACCUGAGGAGAACGGAUGCGUUCUAUCUAUAGUGGAUGAAGGCUACACUAGAGAAGGAAAUAAAGUAUUUUUAAUUGCC